UUGAAAUUUACUUUUAUUUAAUCAUCCAUUUUCUUAGAUACAGGGUACAUUUAUAAUCCAUCGAAAAAGUCAAUUAGUUUGUGUGUCAUGAGACUGUGACAUUUUAUGAAUUAUUUUCCUGUCGGGUUCUUGUUCUUACAAAUCUAGUAUUGUAGGUGUCAAAAAUGGGGUAACAAAAAUCAGCGUAUUAUUUAUAUAUUUAUUAUCGAAGUUAUUAAUGAAUGAAAGAGCCUAGUGUAAAGAACAUUUCAUACGAAAAACCGUUGUAUACUUAUAAAGAAUAACGAAGUGUUAACCAAGAAAAUGACAACAAAUAAAUCCGACCUGAAUAAUGUUUCUAAAAAGGUGUAUCCAAAAAGUCGCCCAAAAACUGCCAUUAAAGAAAAUACCAAAACGGGAAAACUUCGUAAAACAAAUGCUACAAGGACUGUAUCAAACACGAGUCUUCAAGAUGGCAUGUCAUCAGACUCUGACAAUUCCAGUUUGGAUAGCAUCGACGUAGAAAAGGUUGUAAAAAAUGAGUCUGAUGGUGAGAAAUCUUCGCAUGGCUAUUUUGAAAACCAGAAAGCACUGUUUCAAAUACAAAAAUUAAAAUUUGAAAAGUUAAAGAGUCAAAUAGAAAACCACAACUUGUAUUUACAAUUACAAACAUCAGGUAAAGUGAAUACACCAUUUCAAAAUGAAUCUGUGGAUGAUAGUAACGAAAUUGAUUGUGUUUUUCCUCGUUUUACAAGCAGAGAAUUGCGGAAAGACAAAUAUUUUGGUAAUGCUAAAGAUACAGAAAGUUGUUUGCAAGACGACAGUUUUGAAGAAUUUUCGCAUAAAUCGCAACAAUCGACCCCUUGCUUUGUUUAUUCGGACGAUAUUUACUAUAACAGCAGUGAUGAGGAAGAUUGUAAAAAUACAGCGGCAUGGCCCAUUAGAGACAGCUUAUUUCCAGGGGUACCACCUUUUAUUGUGUUCAAUGCACAUGACGCUGCAAGACCAUUCAAGUUGCCCAAAGGUAGACAAUAUCUAUUAUGGAAAUUAACACCGAUCACGCCGCAUUUGCUUAGAAAAAUCCUCCUUAAUACGGGAUUCACAUUGAUUGAUUCCGUAGAGUUACAAGACGAAGAUACGUGGCUGGGAACAUGGGGCAAUAACAUGCGAUCGGACCGCUUUCAAGUUCUGAAAAACUACCAGAAAUUUAACCAUUUCCCCAGUACUUCGCACCUGGGUAGGAAAGACCGAUUUUGGAGGAACACGAAAAAGCUCAUGUUCAAAUUUGGAGAAAAGGAAUUCAAUUUUAUACCUCGCACCUAUAUCUUAUUGCAAGAGCUAGAAUUGUUGAAAAAAGAUUGGUAUGAUGACAAGGGUUGUGAGGAAAAGAAGUGGAUAAUUAAACCUCCCUGUUCAGCCAGGGGCAUUGGGGUCAAAGUCAUAGAUAAAUGGACGAAUUUGCGCAAAAAACCACACCUGGUCGUACAAAGAUACAUAUCAAAACCUUAUUUAAUAAAUGGUAACAAGUUCGACUUGAGGCUUUAUGUAUUGGUGACAUCUUUCGACCCUUUAAGAUUCUACCUCUACAGGGACGGGCUCACCAGAUUUGCUGUGAUAAAAUACAAAGACGACUCGCACUCAUUACACGAACGGCACAUGCAUCUUACAAACUACAGCGUCAACAAAAAAUCGAGAUGGUACACCGCCAAUGAAAAUUCGAACUCAUGCUACGGUCACAAAUGGACUUUACGCAGAUUGUUGGAUUAUUUGGCUGACGAGGGUGUGAAUACGACAAAGUUGUGGCGAAACAUCGUCCAGCUAAUCAUCAAAACAAUAAUUGUAGGUGAGAAAAGCAUCGUCCCGUCGUACCACAGCUGCGUCCAAAGUAACUACAACUGUUACGAACUCUUUGGAAUUGACGUACUUCUAGAUGAAAAACUGAAGCUGUGGUUGCUGGAAGUCAACAUUUCACCAAGUCUUCACGGAUCUUCGCCCGUAGACGAAGACGUCAAAGGACCAAUGUUGAGAUCGAUAAUGAAUCUUGCCCAGUUUCAUCUUCCCGACAAAGUAACGAUUAAAUCCAAUUUGGUACACAGCACUUUCGACUCCAGAUUGUACACCAAGGAAUUGUCAAGGAAAUGCAAAAACAAACAGCUAAAGUAUAACGGACCAAGUCAACAGAGGGAAGAUUAUUUGAAUGGAAUACUUCAAGAUUUAACAGGUGACGAUGUCAGACAUCUCACUCGUGCAGAAGAUGAGUUGAAAGUUCGUGGAAAAUUCGAAAGAAUCUUUCCUACUUCGGAAACAUAUACAUUUCUGAAAUUUAUCGAAUCCAAGUACUACAAUCGACUAUUCGAUGCUUGGGAAGUCAUGUACGGAUGCUGUAGGGAAGCAGGCGUAAAGUACCUUAGCGCAUUGUGCACUGAUCAUUAUCUUUUGAGAGAUAUUAAUAACGCCUCUUCUAGUAAAGGGCAAAUGUCAGAUUAGAGGAAACAAAAAUAAUUGUGCUAUUGCUAUGUGAAGUCUCAUAUUUAAUAGAGAGUGUAUAUUUGACGAAUUUUACAAUAAAAAUUCACACACGAAAUUUGUCCUUUUACAGUAUUUGUUUUCGUAA